AUGAGCUAAGAAGGUUAAGAUAGUAUUAAGACUUAAGCUGAGCAUAAUUCCAAAUAAUUGCAUAGAGGCAACGCUAUCAGUAAAAGUGUUAAUUUUGAAAAGAUUCCAGGCGAUAUUUUUUUAGCUAAAGAGCACUUGAAAGCUACUAAAGUGGGACCUGAUAAAGAGUUUACUGAAAAAGACAAAUAACAGGGCUUUAUAAAUGAGAAAUGUGAUUGUUGUGGAAGAAGUGUAGACAGAGAAAUAUUAAAUUUAAAUUCAGACAUUACCAAACUCAGUUAUUUAGGAUCUGGGUUUCCUAUGUUUUUUUAGUUUUUGAAGUUUUGCAUAUUCUUUUUGCUUAUUUUGUUUUGUGUUUGUGGCAUUUUCAAUAUGGUAGCUAAUGCAAACUAUGGUAAUUAGUGUAAUCUUAAGGGUAAUCAAUGCAAAACAAAUUGGAUAGUUAAGCUUUCGCUAGGGAACAGGACUGAUUUAUAUUAUUCUAUUUACAUUUAAGAGUGCUUGAAUUUAACAGCUGUUUGCGUUCUAAUUAUUUUUAUUUAGAUAAUAAUUUAUUAGUAGAGAAUGUUAGAUUCUGACAGCGAUGACUCAGCUAUUUUAGCAUCUGACUAUACUGUAAUGGUUGAGAAUAUUCCCAAAGAUAUUUAAUGCGAGAAUGAUUUAUAGAAAGAAAAUUUAGAUUAUGAUGAUGAGCUCAAAAGCUUCUUUUAGAAUCCAAGCAAUUUUAAUGGAUAUGAAUUUAAGGUUAUAAAAGUCAAUUUAGGAUAUGAAAUUAAGGAUUUAACGCAUUUACAAAGAAAGUAGAAGUUAUUUGUGAAUGAUAAAAAGAAAUUAUUUAAAUCGCAAAUAAGUAAAAAUGGAAAAUACGACAUUUUCUCUUAAGAGGCGAUUUAGAUAGAUAAGCAAAUAGAGAUAGUGAAGAGUGAAAUUCUAAAGUUAGAAAAUAGACUCAGUGAAGGUAAAGGAGUCGAAUUUAUGAAGAACCUUUUCACUGGAGUAGCUUUUGUAACAUUUGAAACUGAAAGAAUGCAAAAAGACUUACUUGAGAUGGCAAAGAGCUCUUGGAAUUGCUUUAAAAAGAGUUAAACAGUAAGGCAGUUUAUGGGUACACAUUUAAGAAUUUCAGCUGCGCCUGAUCCAACAGAGAUAUUUUGGGAGAAUUUAGGGGUAUCUAAAACGAGUAGAGCAAUAAGAGUGGUUGUUGGUUUAAUAGUUGAUUCUUUUAUGGUUUUUGGCUGUGGUCUUUCAAUUUAUUUCUUGCUAGACUACUAAUCUAGCUACGCUAAAAACCAUAAUGUUAAUUCUAUUUCUGACAGUACGUUGAGGGCGAAGGAAAUAAGAAAUAUUUAGUUGCUCUCUUUCACUAUAUCAAUAGUGAUAUUUAUCAUCAACUAAUUUCUUGUAAUUCUAGUUAAAACUGUUGCCGAUUUUAAAAAGCUUUAAACAAGAACUAAUUACAAUCUUUCAUUUGCAUUCUUUUUAAGUUUAGCUUAAUUCACUAAUGCUACCUUAGUCCCUUUGAUAGUGUCUUUUAUAGUGCAUUAAAAUACCAACUACUAGAUGCUUUAUGGAGCUUCUGGUUUGAUCCCAACUCAGAACACUAUUUUUAUGGUCAACUCAUUUCUGCCUGUGCUAUUCUUUAUUUUUGAUAUUCAAUCAAUCAUCAAGAAAUAUUUAAGAAAAAAAUAAGAAAGCUCUGGAGAAAGUAGUAUUUUAACUCAAUAAGAGUUGCUUGAGUUGUAUGAAGAUCCUGCAUUUGCCAUUUAAUCAGAAUAUUCCUAAAUAAUGAAAACCCUUUUAAUGACUCUAUUUUAUGCAACUCCACUGCCAAUUUGCAUUUUUUGGUCUAUUUUAGGGUUAAUCAUUUAAUAUUUCAUAGCAAAAUAUAAUUUAUUAUAUAGAAGAUCAGCUCCAUUUAACAUGGGUUCCUCUCUAGGAUAUAAAAUGGUGCUGCUAAUGAACAUUGGUUUAGUUAUUUAUGCUUGUCUUUCUUAUGUGUUUAUCAUUUUAUCAAAGGAUAAUGAUGAUAAUAAUCCAAGAACAGUUUCUUUUGUGGCAAUAGCAAUAGCAAGUAUUCAUUUAUUUUUACCAGCUCAUAUCAUAAAUAAAAAGAUAUUUAAAGUCAAAUCUAAAAAACCUGAAAAUACGAAAAUAUAUUAAGAAGUAUAAGGCAGCUUCUCAACAGAUUAUGAUAGAACAAACCCAGCAACCAGAAGACAAGCUAAUUAGAAGUUUGUUGAAGAGCAAGAAGCUGUUGUUUAAAAUAUCUUUUAGCAAGAAGAUUUAAUUAAUUUUGAUUCAAAAAAUAAAUCAGAAUUUUAAGGAACGAAGAAAGAUAUUUAAUUGAUUGAAGAAAAUAUUAAAUUUAUUUCAGUAAAUAAUGAAGUGUAGUUCUAAAAAUAAGAAGGUUAUAUUUAGCAUAGUAUUUUUAGAAAUCUAGUUGAACUUUAAAAUCAUAAAAAUGAUUAAAAAGAUGAUUCAAAUUUACAUGUUAUAAAUUUGAAAGAUGAGAGCUACAGUUGCUGCUAAGAUGAUGAAAUCAAAAAUUAAAGAAAUACUGAAGUAAAAUCUCUUUCUAAAGAAAUUUUAUAAAAACAAUUAAAAAGAUACGAAGAAAUUAAAAAUGGCUUUGUUGAGUUAUUUUAUAAAAACAAAGAAAAAACAAAAAAUUUGCCAAAUAAAAUAGAAAAUAAAGCCAAUCAAGAAUCAUUAAAUUAUAAAAACGAAGAAAACUUACAAGUAUAAGAUCAAGAAUAAAAUAAUAACUAAAUAAGCAUAAAUAUAUUUAAAUGUAAGCAAGUAGCGAAUAAAUAUUCAUUCGAAUAAGUAAUCAAUUUUGAAGAUGAUUAAAGUAGCUAAACAUAAAUCAAUUCAGAGUCUGAAAAUUCAUCAUUAAAAAACUAAAAAUUGAAGAAAAAUCACUCUUAUUUUGUUUGA